CAUUCUCUGUCUCACACCGGUCGAUAACGACAGCGGCGGUUUUCUCUCGCACACCGUCCAUCAUGCCUUGCGGUGCGGUUAUGUUCCGAUCUAAUUCUCCACUCGCGUCCCCGUCACCGAUGGGCAGAGCGGCGGAUGCUGCAUCGGACAGCCUUCGUGUCGGAUGUCCGACGACGGGACGGACCGAGUGGUGUUUACAUCCACACGGCUUCACAGAGGAGGAGGACGAGGAGGAGGAGGCUGCGCACCGUUAACUCCUGCAGGAGCGGAAAGGCACGGAUUGAACCCGGGAUCUCAACCUGCUCUACACGCCACAGGAAGCGGUGAAUUUUACUCAGAAGAGGCUCCGGAGCACCGGGACUCCGACAGGCGAUGAGCUGCGGCUCAAUGAGCAGCCUACCGGCAGAGUACAGCAACAAGCGGGGGUGGGGCGGUGUUCCUUUACUGUGAGCUGGAGAAAAACAUCAGGGUGCGAGAAUAAACCCUAAGAGCUCCCCCUGGUGGAAUGGAGGAAUGAGGGCCUCUGGAUGAAGGUCAUGGAGCUGAAAGUCUGGGUGGACGGUGUACAGCGCAUCGUGUGCGGGGUCACAGAGUUCACCACCUGCCAGGAAGUGGUCAUUGCUUUGGCACAAGCGAUUGGACGCACCGGCAGGUACACUUUGAUCGAGAAAUGGCGAGACACGGAGCGCCACUUGGCUCCACAUGAGAACCCCGUGGUGUCCCUCAACAAGUGGGGUCAGUAUGCCAGCGACGUGCAGCUCAUCCUCCAGCGGACCGGCCCCUCCGUCAGCGAGCGGCCGACCUCUGAAGGGCUGGCUCGGGUCCCGGAGCGGGGCCUCUACCGGCAGAGCCUGCCGCCUCUGGCCAAGCUGCGGCCUGCGGGGACGGACGGCUCGCUCAAACGUAGGGAACCCAAACGCAAGUCUCUGACCUUCACCGGGGGAGCCAGAGGACUGCGGGAAAUAUUUGGAAAAAGUAAAGAUACCGAAGCCAAACAGCCGAAGCAGCAGGGCGUCAGUCUGAACCUGAGCAGAGUUGGAGGCCGUGGGACGGCAUCUGUACCUGGGAGUCCGGCCAGGGAGCUCAGCCGGCUGGUCCAGCUGCAGCGAGGCAAGCUGCAGGCCCUGGAGAGCCGUCUGCAGGGCUGCGAGGCCGAGCUGCGAGACUGGGAGGAGGCCAGCGACCAGGAAGGAAACGUGGAGGACGAACUGCUGCUUCUGGAGCAGCAGGUGAGGAGGAACGACGCCGAGGUGGAGGAGGAGGAGUUCUGGCAGAACGAGUUCCACAUCGAGCAGGAGAGCGAGCGGCGGCUGCGGCAGCAGCUCGUCGAGCUGCGGGGCCGCGUGCGCGACUGCGAAAGCAGGCUUUCUGAGUACUUAGCGCGCAUUCAGAGUACGGAGACAGGCCUAGAGAAGGAGCGACUGCAGCAGGAGGCUGAGCUCAACCUGAAGGUCAAGGAGGAAGAGGUGCAGGCCCAGCUGGAGAAAGUGAGGGCAGAGCUGGAAGUGCAGAGCCAACAAACGGCGCGGCUGGAAAGCAGCUGCAAGGCGUUGGAGCGCUCGCUUUGCCAGUCGGGCAAAAGACUCCAGGAGAAAGAGCAGGAGCUUGAGCAGCUAACUAAAGAGCUGCGGCAGGUCAACCUGCAGCAGUUCAUCCAGCAGACUGGCACCAAGGUCACGGUGCUGCCCGCUCAACCUGCAGGAGACAACAACGAUGUGGAGUGUGGCUCUCUGAAACGGCUGGGCUCGUCGCGGCUAUUACCCAGCGAUCUCCGCGCUCUACAGAGCAGGGUCUCCUCCAGUCUAAACCCAGAAGGCAUCUACGUCUGACUCCGCACGGCCGAUGCAGACAGCUGGGUGGCCUGGUGUUUCAGAUUCACGGGACAGCCGAGAAUCCUCAUCAGGAACAGCCAUUUUACCGGGCCGGGGAGACACACCAAAGUCAUGCUAACGUACAACACCUUUGUCUGAACUCUGAGGCAUGAGUGAGAUUUCCGCCUGUGCUGUUGCAUAAUGAGGUAACGGAAACAAACAGCUACAAACCAGCAGAUCUUUACUUUUUGCUCAAAGCAGCUGCUUCGGACUGACUGUAAAUGACGAGAAUUUCAGGAGUUUAGACUUGGGUAAGGGUAGAUGCAUGAGCAUGCACAUCUGUGCUAUAACCUUAGCCAUAUCUGAUUGCCUUACUCUGGUAAAGAAUGAACAUAUAAACAAAACCAGACAUGAAGAAAUAUAAUGUUAAAGCAGAACUCAAGGUACCUUCUGAAUGCCAUAAAAAACAAAUCUAAAGUGUUUAGCAGAAAUCCAGGAGACUGCUGAUUGUACCUGAUGUCAGUGUGUUUUAAAAUCAAAUCUGGUGGUUUUUUUAUAUAUGGGUUUAGACUUUUAUAUUGAUUCAGUGGAUAUAGAGUAGCCUUAUAUUCAGUUUUUAAAGUAUGAAGUAAAACAUCCAUCUUAUAAUUAUACGUAGGAGGUGAAAACCAGAACGUGUAGGCCUGCAGAGUACCAAAAGUAUAUAAAAUCAAUCGAACAAUCAGUGUCGACUAAAUAGCCACCAGGUGGCGACAAACACAAACUAUUCAGGCGAGUAAGAGUAAUUUGAAUGGAUGUCAUCUCUAGAGAUUAGGUUGUUUUAUAAGUUUGUGUUCAUAUACAUACACUGUCGUUAUUUUAUAUAAAUAUAUAUAUAUAAAAGCUUCAGCACUUUAGAUCUGAAUGUGUAAAAGUGCCACUAUAUAUAUUUUUUUUCAUUUUAUUUUUAACAGUUUGACAAAAUAAAGAUGUCUUAUUUGAACCAAAGCUAGUGCAAGAAAAUAAAUAGUUAGAUGAAUGUCAUAUAUACACAUAGUUUGAGUGAAACACUAAUUACUUAAUUUUUUGUUGUCACACAAAACAUAGGAUUUGUUGGGAAGUAAUGGAAUGAAAAAAUGAGAAAUGUGUAAAACUUUUUUUCUUAAAAAGGUUCUAUAUGUGUGUGUGUGUAGCGAAUCCAGUUCCACAAAAUUAAUCAAAUCAAGCCCAUAAUUUCCUGAAACUGGAUUGAAAUGCAAAUAAUGCUUUCUUUAGAGUUCUGUGUCCGGAUUGUGCAUUCAGUGAAAUGGUGCGUUGGGAUUUUGAUUUCACAGGAAGUAAGCAGGGAUCUGAUGAAAUAUUGUUGCACGAGAUCGGAAAAUAUAUUAAAGCAGUCUUUGUCUUGGUUUGAGACUCUUAUUUUGAAGUAGGAAAGGAAGCAGUUCUGAGCUUUUCGUGGUUAUCGUGGUUACAAACAUUAUGCUAACUGUUUUGGGAUUUACCAAACAGGAUUGGGAAGAAAGUAAAGCAAAAUAAAGUCUAUUAAACAUCAUAUUUUUAACCACUGUAAGGUGAUAUAACCACACACCACUAACCACAAGCCACUAUCGAUGCUAAUAGUAACAUUUGCUAAAUUAAAGGGCUGUUUCACAACUUUUUAAUAUCUCCGGGCUUCUUUUGAUCAUCUGUAGUUCAUUCUUGUAAUGAAACCACAGCAGGUAACUUAAUUCAAGCCAAAAGUUAUUUUUAUUGCGACUAUACUAUAAAAACUUGCCAAUAACAUAAGUUAUUACCAGAUUGGGUACUUAAUAAAUAGUAACGUCUGCAAGUACGGUCAUUCUCAAUAAAAUAUUAAAAAUAUUACUAAUCUUAGCAAAUUAAUUCACUAAGUAUAACAUGCUAGAAAUCUAAAUGUACAGUUGUAGAAAUCUAAAGUUGUAGACUUUGAGCGAGAGCUUCGAUUGUUGGCCACCAUUGACGGGUGAAAUGAUAACUCAUAAAUCAAAGACGCAAGUUUUGAUGAACAAAAAUAUCUUUUAUAUCCCAGAUGUUCAGGCCUAUGUCUAUAUUUUUGCAUUAAUGUUUAAAGUUGUUUCAUUUUUAAGGGAUUUUUUUUAAUUUUUUAAAAACAAAAAGUAACCAGCCAACAAUCUCAUAACCUGUUACAAAAUUAGCAAGUUAUUAUGUUAAUGGCUUGUUUAAAAAUAACCAAAUGAUUAUGUUACUGGCCAAUUAUACAUUAUUGGUUGCUACAGUCCUUAUAAAUGUGGAUAUUUUUCACUGUGCUUGCUGCUUUAUUUGAGCGUUAAAGUGUCAGGAGUGCACACAUCAGAGCGCAACACUUCUCAGCUCUGAAUCAGUAUUCAUCCGAGGCAGCUCUGUUGUUUCAGAGCGCUUUUAAUUUGUGCAGCCAUAAAUCUUUUCUACUCAUCCACGAGAUUGAAAUUUCUUUGCAGUUUCUUUCAGAGUGAUAAACAACCUCAGCUUUUUUUUCUUCCUCCAAUUACUCCAUUUGACAAGCUGGAAAUCCAACAUGAGCCUUUUGUAAAGACCCUCACACUUGUGCUGUGAAUGCGUAACGGCGCGGAAAAGGGCCACCUUUCGCUUGUUUUUAAGGUCGAAGACAUUCCCACUGUAGUUGGACCUUUCUGUAAUUGUUCGGCGACUGAAGGUGAUUGUUCUUGUCGCUGCAAAAGUCUCAGCUGGAGACUGCAACGCAAGGAACGUUUUAAAUAAUGGCGUGCUUAGCUGAGAAGGGGGGAUGGGGGGGAUGUCGACGUGCCACGUCAGGCUAUUUUUACAGUGGACUGACGUCUUAUAUGUGCAGAGUACCAGGCAAUAGACUGUGUGUGCAUGCUAAUGUGUUUUUUUUUUUUUUUGUAUUUGGACUCCCAAUUAAUCGCUACCAAGCAUUGGCUUUUAACAAAAGAUCGGCUCAGCAGAAAAAAGGCAAAAUCUCCUCAUUAUUUUCAUGCUUUUUUUGUUUCCAUUUGACAACAAUAACUUCUGAAUGGAAAAAGAGAUUUGUGUUGCAUUGAAACAUAACAAAGUAAACCAUCGUCGCAUGAAUGUGUAUAUAUAUAUAUAUAUAUAUAUAUAUAUAUAUAUAUAUAUAUAUUUUUUUCCCCCCCACCUCCUUCCGAUUCAAGCUUAAAGACGUCGCCAAUAAUUGGCUUCUGUUGUGCCAUCCGAGGCGCUUCGCAAUAAGAGAGCAGCCCGCAAAUGAGAUGAUGGAGCCAUUAUGGAAACAGCCAUCACGAGGUCUUAAAAGCUAUUUGAGAAACGCCGUGGCCCGGGGAUAUUUCAAGGCACAGAAUCAGCCAGACGAGAACGGACGCAAAGUAAUUACGGAUAAAUGCUUUUCACAACGUCUCGGUUCGUUUGACAAGUUAAAUCGAAUGUUUGCUCUCGCGGGGAACUUCAAGAGUUUGACGAGUUGUUGCGUCGCUUCGCCGCCAUGAUACAAGUGAUUAUUGUGCAGCGGGUUCUGAACGUGCGCACAUGUUGUACCUAAUGUACAAUGACAGAUGCACCAAUGUUUACGUGGACAGCAUGAUCGGGGCUUUAAGGUUUAAAUGUGGGGUCUGUGGUGUAGUCCUGUUCUUGAAACAUCCAGCACAGGGGCGGAGCUUCAGGGGGGCAGAAUAGGACUUCAGGGAUCCAAGCCUAUGUCACCUCUGAUGAGAGCUGGAGAAGGUCUCCUGUUGAGUACGGUGUAUAAAGUAUUAUUUAGAGUGGUGCCCCAGUAGAUUACAUAGUGGGCUGCCAGUCAUUGUUGACUCAUGGUUGCUAAAAACUUUACCAGACCGACUGAUUUUAAUGACAUAGUGGGUGUAAAAUAUUGAAUAAAAUGUUUGUCUACAUGACUGGCUUUAUUUACAUUUAACUUUAUGACAUACAAAUUUAUUGUCUCCAAGUGUAUUCUGGGUAAAGCUUUGUCACCAGCCGUCCACCAACGUCAUCAUCAGUCACUUGGCAACAGAUGGCAAACUAGCUAGAGCAUUUCUGUGGUCUAAGUUAACAUGACUGGAGCUGGCAAAGUGAAAAGGAUGGGGGGGAAAAGAGAGCAAGGACAAGCCAAAAACUGGACACAUAUUUUGUUCCUCGUCUUGGAGAUGAACUGGAACUUGAACUUUUUGUUGGCAGCGAUUCGGACCCGCCAAAACUGCCAGCCCAGCGAAGGAGCCGGAUUAGUUAUAGGUAGCAACUCUGACAUUGUUCACAAAGUGUGAGUUAACUGUAGGCUGAGUUAUAGUCGCUUUCAACAGUUCGGGUUGAGCGCGUUUUUGAGCCAAGACAGCAGUAUGGCGUUUAUAGUUAAGGUUUCCAUUGGAGUCGCCUGGAACAGCAUCUCCCAGAUCGUCCAGUUUAUGAGAACGGCGGCGCCGCGCGAUCCGCGCCGAGUCACAAAGAUCCAGAGGUGCACGAGGCGCUCUGCUCAACGCGUCAACAAUAAACGCAGCUUCAGCAGUUGCUAGCUGCUCCAGGCUCUGAGUUGAAAUUGAUAAAGUGUCAAAAUGAUCCGAACCCAUCUGUGGUUCUGAACUGAUUUGAAUUUGUGUUGUUUCAUCAUUAGUGACCUGAUGUUUCUGUUGUUCUCUUGGUUUGUUGUACUUCAUGUCAGAUGGAUUUCAGAAUGACUGUCGCUCUCUGUGGUGUGGGAAACUUGGAAGCUCCAUUGUUGCGGGCAUGUCUGUGUUGGAAAGUUAAAUUAUCAUGAGCUUUAUUAUUUGGGUAUAAAGGGCCCGGUGAUUAGCCCGGCCCCCGGCCCGACGCUGACUUGCUCCGCUAGUGAUCCAGCAGAUUGUUCAAAAUGUUAAAUAGAUCCUCUAUUUAACCCCCGUGACUCUAGAUGUUACAAUUUUGUAUUCUCUACCUGUUAUAUUUUUCUAUUUCACAGAGAUUCUCCAGUUUUUCUUUUAUGGUUAAGUUAUAUAUCUUUAAAAAACGUCAUAUUGAAAAGAGUUAUGUAAAUAUCAAAAUGAUCAAAAAUCAAUAAACUGCUGCUUAGUUC